AUUUUAUUUUUAGGUGAGGUAAAAAAUCUUUUAAGUCGAGGCCAUGGAUCCCCAGGAACACGAGAUGUCUACUGUGCAUUAUCACUUGAUCAAGAAGAAAUCUUCCGCACUAGUACGAUUGAACGAACUCUCAACCCAUUCUUUGGUGAAGAGUUUCAGUUUGAGGUGCCGCGAAAGUUCCGCUACCUCGGUAUUUACGUUUAUGACCGUGACAGACACUUGAAACAAGAUAAGAUCCUGGGAAAAGUAGCGAUUAAACGUGAAGAUCUAGCAACGUACCAUAAUAAAGAGCAUUGGUUUCCAUUGAGGCCAGUUGAUGCUGACUCGGAAGUACAGGGUAAAGCACACCUAGAGCUUGCACUACAGCCUCAAGUUAAUCACACACAACCUAAAUUAACAGUACGAGUUAUUGAGUGUAGUGAAUUGACUUUAAAAAAUGGUGGUUGUGAUCCCUUUGCCAUUGUUACGGUUAUUUAUAGUAAUGGUAAACAAAUAAGUAAGCGUACAAAAGUUAAAAAAAAGACUGUGUCUCCGUAUUUUAAUGAAACAUUCACUUUUGAGCCUGAAUUGAUUGAACCAAAAGACAAAGAUGUUUCGCACUACUUAAUUGACGGCGGAGAAGUUGGUGAAGUUGUUGUAGGCCUUUGGCAUGCUUCACCAGGAAUGGGUGAACAAUCUGCAUUUCUUGGUGAAGUUCGUGUCACUUUGAGAGGCUGGAAAAAACAACCCACGAGCACCACAACUGCUUGGUAUUUUUUACAACCACGAGCAGCCAAAAACCGUCCAAGUAAAAUAACACACAAUUCAUCACCACCAGGUACACUACCAGGUCUUGGAUCUUUACGCUUAAAGUUACAUUACACAGCGGAUCAUGUAUUCCCAUCGGAAAUGUACGAUAGAUUACGCAGUUUACUGUUACAAAGUGUCAAUGUGCAACCAAUAACAUCGUCAGCGGUUUAUAUACUCGGUGAAAUUGUAGCAAGUAAAAUGGAAGCUGCUCAACCCUUGGUGAGAGUCCUCGUACAUCAUGGUCAACUAGUAUCUGUAAUGAGAGCAUUAGCUAGUCAUGAAAUUUCAAAAUUAACGGAUCCCACAACAAUAUUCCGUGGUAAUACACUGGUCAGUAAGAUGAUGGAUGAAGGUAUGCGAUUAGCUGGACUUCAUUAUCUUCACAGUACCUUGAGGCCGGCUAUGGAGCAGGUUUUUCUAGAAAAAAAACCAUGUGAGAUUGAUCCUACCCGAGUUAAAGAUGCCAACACAAUUCAAACAAAUUUGGCUAAUUUAAAGGAGUACGUAGAACGUGUAUUUACGGCAAUAACGACAUCAGGUGUACGGUGUCCACCAUUAAUGUGUGAAAUGUUUUGGUGUUUGAGAGAACUUGCUGCUACUUAUUUCCCAAAGAAUAAAGAAGUGCGAUACUCGGUUAUUAGUGGCUUUAUAUUUCUCAGGUUUUUCGCUCCUGCGAUACUCGGCCCAAGAUUAUUUGAUAUAACAACUGAACAAAUAGAUUCUCAAACAAAUAGAACAUUAACGCUUAUUUCAAAAACAAUUCAAAGCUUAGGAAAUUUGGUUAGCUGCCGCGGUGGGGCUGGUAGUGUAUGUAAAGAAGAGUAUAUGGAAGGCGUGUACAGAGAGUUUUAUACAGAAAAACAUAUACAAGCUGUAAAACAAUUUUUAGAAUUAAUUUCAACUAGUAGUAGUAGCAGUAGUAGUAGUAGUAGUGGAAUGACUCGGCAACGGCCGACAAUUCUUCAAGAACAACCAGUAGUUUUAAAAGAAGGAGUAAUGAUCAAAAGAGCACAAGGUCGUAAACGUUUUGGACGUAAAAAUUUUAAACAAAGAUAUUUUAGACUGACUACGCAAGAUUUGACCUACUCAAAAACAAAAGGGAAGGAGCCAUUGUGUAGAAUAUUAUUGGAAGAAAUAUUGGCUGUGGAGAGACUACACGAAGACUCAUUUAAAAUGAAAAAUAUGUUUCAAAUAGUACAACCACAACGUGCAUUAUAUGUACAAGCUGGUAAUUGCGUUGAGGAAAAAGAAUGGAUUGACAUACUUACUAAAAUCUGUCAUACGAACAGUAACAGACUAGAGAGGUAUCAUCCGAGUGCUUACAUCAACGGCCACUGGCUGUGUUGUCGAGCAGUUUCUGAGGUAGCUCCUGGUUGCAGUGAAGUGUCUCCGGGAAUUGAAGCAGGUUUAAGAAUGGUUUUGGAUCCAGAUCGUGAUCUACAAAGGAUUCAUUCACUAAUCUUCACGAAUAUGGCGCGAUUAGAGACACUGAUGAGUGCUUGUGAGUGUCAAGCUGUUUACGGUGCCAGUGAAAUGUGUGUUUUACCGGGUGGUGGUUCACCUAUCGAAGACGUACCUUCGUGUUUUAAAACACUUACUGCUUUGAGUGAUGCGGCGUUUGGAUUGCAACAAGAACACCGUGCUUACUUUAGGAAAUUAGCUCGUGACACCAAAUAUGGAAGCAAACAAGCACCAAUUGGUGAUGAUAACUACCUCCACUUAGCUGCAAGAGCCGGAUUUGAUAAUCAGCUUACGAAACGUGCUGCAUAUACAGAUUCAGAUGGCCGCAAUCAACAAUGCAUAGAAGCGGGACUAUGUUAUGAUGGUUUUACACGUCGCAUUGAGACUGAUCGUAAAUACGAUGAGUCAUUACGAAAGUGUUUGGAUUCAGAUUCAAUAAAUCGUAGGUACGAAAAUGAAAAUAAUACAUUAAAACUCUAUGAGAGUAAUGCAGAAAGCAUUCGUAGUAUACAGAAUGAUCUCAAUAAAUUUGACCGUAGUUUGAAUAAUACAUUAAAAUCAGAUAGAGUUGUUGAAAGAAAUGGUAAUGAAAAUUUAGAAAAUCAUAGGCGAAUGGAAAUGAAUAAUUUAUUAAGCAGCGAGGGUGUCAGUUUAUCAGGCUCAUUGUCUCGAAAAUUGAGUAAUUAUGAUCAUAUUAAAAAAAUUAAUAUUGAUAGUUCAUUAUCGUGGAGAAUUCGAGAUGAUGCGUCUGAUAUAUCGUCUAGUUCCAUGAGUGGUCGUGGAAAUAAUUGA